AUGGGGUAUAAAGUUGAUGUGUGCAUCAAGCUGCUUGGUCUUCACUGGCAACCUGAUGUUGGAUGUGGUGAAGUGUCAGGUGGCCUUCCAAAGUGCACACGUGCUAAAGAGUGGAUGGACACUCUCAAACUUGGGUGGGAGCUACGUGAUAUAUGGGUUCUGGCUCAAGACAUGCUGAAGGAGGUUAAUGCAAGUGUACAUAAUCAGACAUCUGCUGGUGCAUUUGCCCCCAUGAUGUAUGAAUUUGGCACGGUCAUAGCUGAGGCCCCAGUAGAAUCGGUGCUGGGAGAAGAGAUUGGAAAAAAGACUGGGUCAAUAUAUGAUCCACACUAA